AUGAGUGGUUCAACAGUUGAGCACUUUAGCCAUCCCGAGCAUCUCUUAAAAUUAAAAGAGGAUGUUGUUAUUGAAGCUGAUGCUACCUGUUCUGUUUGCGACCAAUCUGUUAUUGGCUCUCCUACGUAUACAUGCAGCAGCAACAAGAUCGGUUGUGAAAGUUUCUACCUCCACAAGAGCUGUGCUCAACUUCCCACUGAGAUUGUUCGCCCUACGAAAGACCAACACCCGCUUGCUCUACAACCAAAGCCUGUUGGUUCCUUUUGUGAUAUUUGUAGUCGUGAUGUGAAGUUCGCUUAUGCAUGUGACGAUUGUAAUAUGGACAUAUGUAUCAUUUGUCAUCAAGGUGAUUAG